UCUUUUCUAUAUACUAAAUAACCACAUUUGGCUAAAAUGGAAGUCGAUCGGGAGUAGUAACAUGAUCCAUUUCUCCCGAUAGCAAGUGGUAUGAGUACCAACAUGGCGGAUACGUCUUAGCCAAUGGGAAGGUGUGUCAGCCGUUGCUAGGGAAACUGUUGCUCAGCAGCAGAGUUGUUGGGGACAGGAGCAGGCUGCUGGAGACAUAUCACAAGGCAGCCAUGCCCAGCACCGCAACUCUUUCUGGGGUGAAACCUCCCAUUCAUGAGCAGAUCACAGAGCUACAGAAGAAAAUUCAGCUUUUGGAUGGCGACCACAAGGCGUACCAGGAGAGCGCCAGCUCAACCGUCCAGAAGAACUGGGAGACCAUUCAGUUCCUGCGGCAUGAGAACAAGAAGUUGCACAAGAAGUUGGCUGAUGCCCUUGCGGGUGAUGAGAAGGUGAUUAAGGAGGCUUUUCAUAGUCAUGUGGUGGAGAGGGCAGCCAUGAGGAGCAAAAGUGGACAGGCUGCUGUGCAGUUGAUGGACCAGAAGCUCUGCGACAAGAUCAAGCGUCUCAAUGCCUUACGACACCAUACAGACAUUCGGAGGAAACGCUUGGAGGAACUGCAGACUUUAUACAAGCAAAAUGCUGCUGGUGAGGAAGACAAGCAGGAGAAAGAUGGUGGGGUGGCACAGGAGGAACAGAGUGAAGCCACAGAACAGGAGGAAACUCCUCAGCAGACCCUGCGCCUAUUGGAAAAUCGACUGGAAAAAGCCCAGCUGAAGUUACAAGAGUCAGAACACAUAUACAGCGUGUACCAGAAGCUCAAGGACCAUAUGCAGGAGGAAAGCCUAACGUUUCAGUCACAGCUGGAUCUGCUGGAGGCUGAGAUCCUCCGCCAGAGGAAUGAAUUGAAGGAACUUCAGACGAUGAACAAGGAUGCGGUGAUGUCACGGGAUAUGGCCCGGGCCGAACUUCAGCGCCAGGAGGAAGAGUUUCACCGCGAGCGCAGGGAGAGGGAGCGGAUCCUGCAGGAAUACAAGCGUCAGGCUGAGGAGAGACGCAUGUAUGCUGAGCGAGCAGAACGAAGGGCUCAGCGUGUGACUUUGCCUGGAGAGGAUGCACCUAUCGACAUCCAGCUGGUAUCUAAUGGACAUGAGGAGGAAAAGGCCAUCCAUUCCUAUCAGGAGGCUUUUCAGAGGAUAAAGGAGGCCACGGGGGUGACAGAUACACAGGAAGUGGUGAGACGCUUCAUUGCUCAGGGAGAGACGCACAGACACUUGGAGGAGCUGAAGAGUGAGAAUGAGCGGACCUUGGUGAGGCUUAAAGAGGAAAAGGAGAGAUUGCAGGAUGCCUUCCAGGAGCUCAAGUAUUCAGGGGAAGCCAAGCUAUCCAGCGGUCAACAGGUUUUAGAAGAGCUCCAAGCUCAUCUACAUAAGGAAGAGAAGAGACGAGACAAAUAUAAGGAGGAACUGGAGAAAAUGACCAAAAUCUUGGUGGAAGCAAAAUCCGGAGUGGAGCACUUAGCCACCAAAGUGCAGCACAUCAAGGUGCCCAGGAGCCAUUUUCCAGCAAAGGAUCUGUCUCCUCAGUUAGAUGAGUAUGUCCUGGAUGCCAUGGACACCACCGAUCAGAAGCUGCAGAAACUCUUGGAGGAGUUAGAUGGGCAAAACAUUGGAGAGAUCCUAAGGCAGAUGGAGGAAGAGGACUUUCAGGCUUCCAUUGAGGGCAAACUCCCAGCAUUUAACGUUCGGAUCCCGCUGCCGGCACUGGCCAAGCAGGAUACAUUUGAGGAUGAUGAGGACAGUGGAGAGGACGAAGGGGACGUGGUGACCCGGGCCAGUCUGAAGAAACAGUCUCAACAAAUCAUAGAGUCGAAGACCAAGAGAAAGACCCGUCCCAAGAAGAAGGGGAAGCAGUGAGGGAUAUCGGUGGAGAAGCCUCCUGUCCUGUUACCACCUGACAUUCUUACAUCUACACUGAACAACCUGACCUAUCUGUCCUGCAUCUUAGCACUACAAUCAACUACUCAUCCUGUCUGCAAUCAUCUACCUGUCCGGUGACAUACUUCUGUGCUCAUCUAUAUGUCCUGUAUCAUACUCCUAUGCUAAUUCACAUAUACUACUGUACUUUCUAGUUGGCUUACUUCCUAAUUUUAUUUUCUGUACCUGUCCUACUUUCUAGUUCUAUUCUAAUCUGUUCUACACUCAUCUACCUGUCCUGUUUAGUAUUUUUACACUCAGCUGCCUGCCCUGUUUAAUAGUUCUUUGCUCGGCCACCUGUCCUUUUUUUUUUACAGCUCUCCAUUUAGCUGCCUGUCUUGUUUUAUAGCUCUGCACUCAGCUACCUGUCUUGUUUUAUACUUCUACACUCAGCUAGCUGUCCUGUUUUCUGAACUCAGCUACCUGUC